AAGAAAAAUAACAGCUUCGAGGGGAGGGACUCAUAAUUCCAAUAUUGUUGCGUCUAAUAACUCUCUCUCACAAAAAAAUCAGGAAUGACUAUGUUAUGUCUGUGACAACAGUUAUCUAUUCCUCCGUUACCAUUAUGCAAUGUGAUAAAAGAAGAUUAAUUAGUUUCUUUUAGUGUCUGUGUAGAAUUUGGGCGCCUGCAAAUUAAGGUUUAAAAAUGAAUUCUGGUUUUAGAGCUGUUCCUACAAGCUUUCGAAUUCACCCAUUGACUGUUGUUUCAAAAGACUACCUUUGCGGAUUUGGUAGAUGGACUCCAAGAUGGCUGCAAAAGUACGCAGAUCCAAAAUUUUACCUAAUAGUGUUUGGUGCACUCGCAAUUCUUCAAGGAGCUUAUUUCACAUAUUUUAUUGGAAUUAUUUCUACUUUAGAAAAGAGAUUCGCCUUCAGAAGCAAAGUGACUGCCUAUAUUAUGAUAGCUGAGAAUGUGACACCAAUAAUUGCAUGCAUGUUGCUAGGUUAUUUCGGAGGCAAAGUUCACAAACCCAGAUUACUUUCCUUUUGCAUGUUUCUUGUUGCUGCAGGCUGUUUUUUGAGUGGAUUACCAUAUUUUAUAUAUGGCCCGGGAUUGCAUAUUAUUUCGAAAGAUACAGUGACACUUCCUGAGAAUAGUAAAAGAGAGUUUUGUGCGUAUGGAGGCAAAAGCGAGCCUUGCAAUUUGAAUGAAAAUGUCAAAACUCACCCUGCUGCCAUCAUUAUGUUCCUUGCCAAUUUUCUGAAUGGGUUUGGGUAUAUAGCUUUCUAUAUUGUUGGGACUCCAUACCUUGAUGAUAAUGUCAGGAAGAAAAAUUCUCCAUUAUAUUUCAGUGCCAUGGCUGCUUUAAGGAUAUUUGGGCCUACUAUUGGGUUCCUGUUGUCUUCAUUCUGUCUCAAAUAUUAUGAAGAUCCAUUCUAUGAUCCAGGGAUCGAUCCACACAAUCCUCGAUGGGUGGGUGCUUGGUGGAUGGGAUUCUUCAUUCUGGGAGCGGCCAUCUUUGUUUUUACCAUCCUGCUGGCACUCUUCCCCAAGGAGCUACCAGAGCGUUUCAGAUCCGAGAAGAAGGAAUUGAAGGACGAAGGAGAAAAAGACGAGAUGCCGAAGCUGAAAGAUUUUCCUCAAGCAAUAAAGAGAUUAAUGAAAAAUCCCAUUUUGGUUUGUCAUGUUAUUAGUAUCACAUUUCAAGUAAAUGGAUUUGCUGGUUAUUUCGUAUUCAUGCCAAAAUUUAUGGAAUCACAAUACCAACAAUCGGCAUCAGAAGCCAGUCUUUUCUCAGGUGCAACAGGAAUACUUUCUAUGUUAUUAGGAGUACUAUUAGGUGGAUUUUUAAUAAAGAAAUUCAAACCUAGACCAAGAUACUUAACUGGGUAUAUGGUUCUGGUCGAGAUCUUUUCUGUCUUUGGACUUUUUGUUUCUAUUUUUCUUGGAUGCGAUCGAAUAUUGAUGCCUGGAACUAGUGUCAACGAAGAUCAAACUCUGAAUCUGUAUAAUGAGUGCAACGCUGGUUGCGGUUGCACAAGGAGAGUAUUCGAACCUGUCUGUGGACCAGAUGGCGUUUCCUCGUUCUUUUCCCCGUGUUUCGCUGGAUGUCCAAACACAACAGGAAUGAUUUCAUCUAUAAUUCAACCAACAAUAACCUCAGCUUCCAAUGCAACAAUAUUUACCGACUGUAAAUGCGUAACUGCAGGGAACAGUACGUAUGAAGUUUCAAAUGUCAUCAGUGGAUUCUGCUCAACAGGCUGUACCAUGUUCAUGGCCUACAUUAUCAUGCUUUGCGUCAGUAAAUUUGUAUCAUCAACUGCAAGAGUAGGGAACACAUUAAUUACAUUCAGGUGUGUUGAUGCUAAAGACAAGAGCUUUGCUUUAGGAGUCUUUGGAAGUGUUCUGGCAAUGUUUGCAUUUAUUCCAUAUCCACUUAUAUACGGAGCUUUGACAGACUCCACUUGCUUAGUAUGGGAAGAAAGCUGUUCCAAGACUGGCAAUUGCUGGCUAUAUGACAGUGACAAAUUCCGUUACUACUUACAUGGAAUGUCCAUGUUGCUGAUCAGUAUUGGAAUCUGCUUCGACAUUAUAGUCUUCUUUCUCAGUGACAGACUGACUAACUUUUAUGGGGAAGAUGAUGAAGACAAAGCAUCCGAGGACAGAAUAGCGAGAUGGAUUAAAGACGAAGAAGAAGAAGAUAUUAUUUUCACCAAGCGUUCCAAGGAAGAGCCAGUUGUUGAGAUGGAUCCUAUUAUGUAGUUUUCUAAGAAUUGGUGAAAAUUGUUUUCUAAGCUUAUGAGAGUACAAUUAUUUAUGUGUGUUAUUAAAUGUGUAUGUGUUGGAAGAAAUAUUUUAAAACAUUUAAAAAGAAUUUGCAAAUGAUAUUUAGAUCAUAUAAAAUAAGUAAAUUUUAAAAUAAUUUCUUCUACACAUCUUCAGACAUGCUUAAUUUUUCACAUUCAGUAAAUUCAUAACUUUUAUCUAUCAGUAGUUGAAAAAGAAGUAAGUUGGAACGAUCUUAAGCCAUAAGUUAAACUUUCAUGAACGUAAUGUUUCGAUAUAGAAAAUUUUUGCAAAAUAAAAAUUGUAAAUAAGAAUUAAUGCAAUGUUUAUUAUUAUUUAAAUAUUAAUUACAAUGUUAAUUAAUAUUUCUUUUGUUGGCGAAAUAGAGUAAGGUAUAUAUAAGCUGAAGAAUAAUUUAAUUGAAUUUGAUAAAUUAAAUGAAAAAUGAAAAAUUAUUGAAUUAUGGCAAAAUUAAAAUUAUUAAUAUAGGGGCUUUUCUUUAAAAUUUAUCGGUUAUAGCAUUAUUCAUUUAACAUUUUUGAAAUUUUAAAGGUUUAAAGGCACUCUUUCUCAGUUUUUCAGUUUCUCAGUUCUUCAGUUUGCGUAAAUUAAAAUGUAAAAUAUCGCGUAUAAAUUGUUUUUACAUUCUUGUAUCUGUGUACAUAUCUAUUUUAUAUAAUUUAAUGUUCAACUUUUGAUUAAAGACAUAUUUUGAUUU